CACUCUCUCUCUCUCUCUCUCUCUCUCACUCUCUCCCUGCCUCCCUUUAUCUGCCCUGCUCUCUCUACCCCUCCCGCUCACUCCCAGUGUCUGCGAGUCUCUGCAGCAGCACUGUCACUUUCGCCACACCGGGGGGGAAAUGUACUGACACUAUACGGAGCAGACCGGGAGUGCAUCACCAUCUCCAUCACCUCCAUCUCCGUCACCGCAUCCCCCCUUUGCUUGAUUUCGGGGCUUUUUGUUCUUCUUCCCGGAAACGGGUUUUGAUUCGCAGCAUCGCUCGCAGUUCGAUUGUGGAUUAUUGUUCCUCCUCAUCGAUCAAAAGUGUGAAAUGGAGGAGUCCAGCUCUCAGAAGUUGGUGUGGGACGGGGACGCCAAAGCGGUCCAGCAGUGUCUGACGGACAUUUUCACCAGUGUCUACACGACAUGUGACAUUCCAGAAAACGCCAUUUUCGGGCCUUGUGUGUUGAGUCACACGUCGCUGUAUGACAGCAUCGCCUUUAUAGCUCUGAAGUCCACCGACAAACGCACAGCACCUUAUAUCUUCAGGGUGGACACAUCAGCGGCCAACAGCACCUCAGAGGGCUUGAUGUGGCUUCGGCUGGUCCAGUCGGCCAGGGACAAAGAGGAGCAGAACCUGGAGGCCUACGUGAAGAACGGGCAGCUCCUGUACCGCUCGCUCCGCCGGAUUGAGAAGGACGAGGAGCUGCUGGUCUGGUACGGCAAAGACCUCAUCGACCUGCUGCUGCUUAGCCCCAGCAGGGCACCCGCCAAGAGCAAAGGUUCCUCGCACUAUUCAUGCCCAGACUGCAGCCAGCGAUUCCAGUUUGAGUUCCCAUUCUUGGCUCAUCUCCGGUUCCGUUGCACCAAAAGAUUACAGAGCAUCACGGGGGCAGAGGAGGAGCCAAGCAAAGAGAGUACAGAGCGACCAAACACAACUCCGACCAGGUCCAGCCCAAAGCUGGGCCGUUCCGAGGGCUUCAGCAGCCCCCAGGACAGCAACAAACCCUCCACAGACUUUCAUAACCUGGCCAGGGAUCUAGAGAACAACCGGACCAGCCCUCCGAGUGACAAGGAAGCGGAGAUCUGCAGCGAGAGCUCGGGGAAGAGGAAAUUCUCGGAAAUAGAUGACAGGGAGUGCCGAGGGCCCAGCCUUCCACAGUCCAAGUCUAAAGAUGAGCUUGCCACAUCUGCACAAAACUACAGAGGGGCGUACGGCCUGGAGGAGAACCGCAAGUCCUUUUCCCCGCCUGCUUCCACUGAACUCGGUCAGGGCAAGCGCAGCGCCUUCACUGAGGUCAAGAAGUCUCCACAGAACCUCAAACACCAUAGUGGCAACAAAAACCUCCAGAGCUCCAACUCUGAAAACAAAGAUGGUGGUCGUCCUAGCAGCAAUUCAUCAGAGAAGCACCUCAACAUCAGGCAGGUGCUAUCCGAGACCCAGCCGCCCCAAACCUCACCCAUGGGCAGCGCCUUUACCUCUGUUACCCAGCAAGGAGGAAGUGGGGGAGAGAGGAAAAGCGCCUUUAGCCAGCCGUCUCGUUCCUUCUCCCAGAUCUCACCGCUGGUUAUGCCGACUAAGCUGCUGGACUGCCACCCAGCGGUGGGCGACACCAUCUCCUCCAGCAGACUCUACCAGGCUGACCACCUUGCCGCCAAACUGCAGAGCGCUGAACUGGGCGCCAACUGCCCUGUGCCAAACAUGGCCAAGCAGAACCCCUUUGUAUACGCUACCACCUUCUGGCCCAAGAACUCCGGGGCUAUUCAGCUUCAGAUGCCCUCGGCGCUCACCCUCCUGCCGCCUUCCUUCACCUCCCUCUGCCUGCCGGCGCAGAACUGGUGCGCCAAGUGCAACGCAUCCUUCCGCAUGACCUCGGACUUGGUUUACCACAUGCGAUCCCACCACAAAAAGGAGUUCGCCAUGGAGCCUAUGGUCAAGCGUCGACGUGAGGAGAAACUCAAGUGCCCCAUUUGCAACGAGUCUUUCCGAGAACGGCAUCACCUGUCACGUCACAUGACCUCCCAUAACUGACUUUUAAAGAUUAGAAAGGGAGGGACUUUUUUCUAACAAGGACGGACUGUGACCCUGCCUGGAUUUAGCAGUCCGAUGGAGAAAGCCCUUUUGAAAAAACAAAAACAGCCCUUGCACUCGUUUUCACUUUGGACUAUGAUCUUCUAAUUCCUGUUCGGUCUGUUUACUUUUCCUCCCAUGUACAAAAUGUCAUGUUUUGGGUGUAUGCAAAUGCGUUUUGACUUCGAAAGUGAUUUAUUUAUGGAGCACUUAAAAGUUUGGGAAUAAGGGAACAUUUAAAUAUGUGUAAAUGUACAGUAAGUUGUAUUUUAUAUCAUAUAAUGCAAAUAUAGAAGAAGAAACGACAUGCAGACGUAGUCACAUGCCAUGGUUUACAGAGCAGCAAGUUUUUUCAUGUCUACGAUGAAUAAGACACAAAUUGGGAUAUUAUGUCAGACUAUAUUUCAGAGUGCAUGUAAUAUUAAAUAAUAUUGAUUUAAGAUGCAGUCUAUACAUUAACUUGUAAAUAACUGGUUUUAUUUGAAAUACAAAGUGUAUUAUUUUGUGUCAGUGGGGAAUAGUUUCAGUGUUUCUUCCUUUUACGGGGAUUUACUACUUGAUAG